UUUUCUUUUUUUUAUAAUGUCUGAUAUUAUUAGCAACAGCAGCCAUCCAUACUAUCCGCAGUCACUCGUGCUUGACGGCUUUGUUGCGCCAAUCCAGUCGCCUGCCACCUUGCUAGCUACCAUAUCUACGCUCAUCGCCCUCCUCCUCCUAUCCACCUAUCUCCUGCUCAUCACCAAAAGGCCUAACCUGUCCUUGGCAGACCGACUGACCACUCUCUGGUUUGUACUCUGUGCCUCCCUGCACUGCUUAUUCGAACUCUACUACCUCGCGCACUUCUCCAGUCUUGCUUCCACGCCCGACUUUGUUGCCAGCUUGUGGAAGGAGUACGCCAAGAGUGACAGCAGGUAUUUGGCACAGACUCCACUUGUUUUCGCCCUGGAGUUUAUCACAGUGUCAGUGACUGGUCCCUUGUGCCUUCUGACCACUUGGCUUGUGUGGUGUGGCGGCUGUGCCCGGCAUAUUUGUCAGUUAGCCGCUUGCUUGCUGCACUUGUACUCGGUUGUUUUGUACUUUGGCACGGAGUUUAUGGCUAAGGAGUCGAAUUGCCGCCCGGAACCUGUAUACUACUACGUGUAUCUGAUUGCGAUGAAUCUGCCAUGGGUGCUGGUGCCGCUGGGACUCGCUGUCCAGAGCACCACGGAGAUAUACACCGGUAUGUUGGCCGCCAAGCGAGCCACCGCUAGUCUCAAUGUUAAAGCCUAACCAUGGGCAUAUAAAUAUGAAAAAGUGGAAAAGUGAAAAAGUGAAAUUGAAG